AAAAUCCGGAACAACUUUCCCUCAACCCAAACAGCCCCCUUCCAUUCUCCACCACAAAUUCACCAUCUCAAAAACAGAUAAACUGAUAACAUUUCUUCCAUGGAUACCCAAAAACCAUGGCACUAGUUCCACUCAACCACUUCCCACCAACCUUUACCACCACCAAUCCAAAACCCUAUUUUCACCCCCAAAUCGUCCUCACCAGAAGAUCAUUAACCAAAUCACUCAUAACCUCCUCACUCCUCCUCAUCUCGAAAUUCACAGUCCUGGAAGCCCCAAACUCAAUCGCAUUAGAUCUCUCAAUGACAGUUCCGGAUCAGACAACCGAGCAAGCAGAGAGCUCGAUUCGAGCACACGCAGAGAGUCUUCUCGGAGUGAAGACCUUGUUGGAGUCCUCGCCUCCGGAGGAGUGGAAAGAGGCUCAGAAAGCUCUUCGAAAGAGGGCUUCGUACCUGAAACAGGAUUUGUAUACGAUCAUACAGAGCAAGGCCGGAAUAGAGAGGCCUCGGCUGAGGAAGCUCUACUCCGAUCUGUUUAAUGGAGUCACCGGAAUGGAUUACGCUGCCAGGGAUAGGGAUGAGGCUAGGGUUUGGGAGUUUUAUGGGAAUGUUGUUGAAGCUGUUCAUGAGAUUUUGUCUAGAAUGUGAUUAGAUUGGAUUGGAUUAUAGAUAGAGAUGAAAAUCUUAUUACUUCUUCUGCUUCUUCUUCUUCAUUAAUGGAAGUUCAAAUUACUCCUCCAUUUUUGAAA